UAGAUUUAGAUGUAGUCUGUUACAUUAUAUUUAUAUGAUUAUUAUUAUAUAUUAUUAUUUAGAAGUAUACAGAAUACAGUAAAGUAAUAUUACAGUCAGUUGAGUUAGUUAGUGAGUUACUUGUUUGAGUUAAAGUCUGUAGCCGUAGCCUAUAGUAUAUAAUAUUAUUAGUAUAUAGAUCUAAGUAAUAUAUCUAGAUCUAUAUUACUUAGUAGUAGUACUCUAGAUCUACAUCACGGUCACCUAUUGAAGUAGUACUACUAGUUAGGUCAUCUAGUCUAGUAAUCUAGUAGGCUACUAGUUAACGUUAGGACCAAUGAUGCUGUCAAACUUGGUAAAACAGCACCAAGCAAGACAACAAGCCCGAAAAGAGCUUCAGGAGAAAAGAAAACGAGAUGCAAUAGCUGCAGCAACAGCUCUUUCUCAUGUACUAGUUGAUCAUUUAAAUGCAGGUGUAGCUCAAGCUUACGUUAACCAGAAGAAAUUGGAUACAGAGACCCGUAUUCUUCAGGCCAACGCAACUCAGUUCUCCAAGCAAACUGUACAAUGGUUAAAAUUAGUUGAGGAUUUCAAUACUGCUUUAAAGGAAAUUGGUGAUGUAGAAAAUUGGGCAAAAAGUAUUGAAACAGAUAUGAGGACUAUAUCAAGUGCUCUUGAGUAUGCCUACAGUAAAACUGAAUAACGUGAUAAGAAGUGACACAAGGUCUGUUUCUCAGAAACGCAAAGCCAGCUAUGUAGGCUGUAGAUAUUUUGUUGAAAUAGGUGUCUCUGUAAGUGAUGAAAUGUUUUAUUUUUCUUUGCCAUGAGUAUUUGAUGUAAGAAAUAUGUAAUUUUGUACACUAAAUAAAAAGGAGCUAAAAAAAGUGUUUUGGUGUGUU